AGGUCAUCCCAAUCAUUAAAGCAUCAAAAUUUAAAUUCCCCUUUAAUUACUUUUAUAGAAUUAAAAUAGGACAAAAACUUAACAAUUAUGUUAGUUGCAGACUUCAAUUCUCAUGUUUUGGAAGAAAGUGAAACGAAGUUAUCUGCAGACCACAUGCCUUUAGCUAAGUACCCCCUAUAGACUCAACAAGCUUAUACACAACCUUGGCAAUUGCUAAUUUGCUACUGACAAAAUCCUAUCUUCUCCACUAGCCAAGAUUUCAAAUCAUGGAUUACUAUUACUGGUUCUUUUUCCUGUUUGCCGUACUUGUUAAUUUAGUUGCAUCAGUUCCAAGAGGACCUGUAAUUAAUGUGACUAAGCAUAUUUCUUUCCAAGAUUUCAGUUCCAAAAAUCCAAGACUGAAGCAAGAUCUUACACUACUUGGCAGCGCUAUCGUCUCAGACGAAAAAUCAACCGUUCAAAUUCCUGACCCCGAACAGGAAGGUGAUCUUAAGCAUUUAGCAGGACGAGCUAUAUACUCUUCACCUAUUCGUUUCUUCGAUCCUCUGUCUCAAACACCAGCUUCAUUUGAAACAACCUUCUCAUUUCAGUUCCAAGUAUUGAAGUCCAAUUCGAGCAACGGGACAUCAGAUCUUGGCAAAUCCGUUGGUGGUAGCGGCUUUACUUUUAUUAUUGUCCCCGACGAAUUAACUGUUGGUCGUUCUGGUCCGUGGCUUGGGAUGCUCAACGAUCUAUGCGACGACGAUUACAAAUCAGUAGCUAUUGAGUUUGAUACACGCCAGAAUCCUGAAUUUGGUGAUCCAAAUGACAAUCACUUGGGCAUCAAUUUAGGAAGCAUAGUUUCAACAACAGCCAUAAAUGCUUCCGACGUUGGUGUUCAAUUGAAUGACGGGUCAGCUCACCGAGUUUGGAUAUCUUACGAUGGGCAGAGGCGAUAUAUCGAUAUCCGUCUUGCACCGGAUGGUAAAGAAUAUCCUUCUAAAUCAGUCUACUCUGGUUUUCUUGACCUCUCGCCUUACUUGAAUGAGUACAUGUUCGUAGGAUUUUCAGCUGCAACCGGUAACCAUACACAAAUUCACAAUGUCCUGUCCUGGAAUUUCACUUCAGUUAGUCAAGCUUCCCUUAGAAUUCCUUCAACAGAGACAUGUCAGAAUAAAAUCAUGCUUCAAAAUAAUCCGCAAGCUGAAACUGCACAUAGCAAAACGCCAAAUAGUUUCUUUAUUUUCCUUGCUGUUGUCAUUCUUCUAGUAAUUGUUCUUAUUAAUCUCUAUUUUAGUAGCUACAAGCGAGAUGACAAUUCCAGUGAAACAAUCAUUCUGCCCGAGAAAAAGCAAAGACCAAGGCCACCAAAUAAAGCACGUCGCUUUACAAUAGCCGAAAUCUCAGUCGCAACUAGGAAUUUCAGUGAGUUGCAAAUAUUGGGCAGUGACGAGAAGAGCGUCACGUAUAAGGCCACGAUGCUGAAUGGGUGCAACGUAGUUGUAAAACGAUUUUUAACUCAGUUUUUCAACACUCAUGGAUUUGACAAGCGAAGAUUUCACAAGGAAAUUAAGGCCAUCAGCAGUAUUCGUCACCCCAAUUUGGUCCCCGUUAGAGGAUGGUGCUAUGAUAACCAAGAAACUAUAGUUGUGUACGACUACAUCCCAAAUGGUAGCCUAGACAAAUGGCUAUUUGGCGUCGGUGUCUUGCCUUGGACGAGGCGUUUUAAGGUUGUUAAAGAUUUAGCAGACUCUCUUGUUUACCUACACUCGAAGCAACUUGCUCACAAGAACGUGAAAAGUAGCAGUGUGUUUCUUGACGUGAGCUUCAGAGCAGUAGUGGGUGAUUUCGGAUUUGUGCUUACUUCGACUGGGUCAACUCGGUUCGAGUCGAUGGUGAGUCAGACAGCAGAUGUGUUUGAGUUUGGAGUUGUUGUGCUAGAAACUGUUGCGGGUCGGAGCAGGAAGUCUAACCCGGGAGAACGUGACUUGUUGGAUCUUGCAUGGGCCAUGCAUGAGGUACAACAGAAGGAAACGUUGGUGGAUCGAAGAAUGGGCGCGGUUGUGAACCUGGAGCAGGCAAUUCGGGUAUUGGAUAUCGGGUUGCUAUGUACGUUGAAUGAGAACAAAGGAAGGCCUACCAUGGAAGAAGUGGUGGAGUUCCUGAAUAUGGAGAAACCAAUUCCUGAGUUGCCACCGGGUCGACCCGUUUGCUUGUUCCCGUACAACAGCACCACAGGUUUGUGCAGUGGAUACGCUUGUACUGCAUUCAAAUGAGCCACGUGUUUGGUUGAUCAGCAGAAAGUAGCCAAAAAUAUUACUACAUUAUUGGUGCUUCAUUCUAUCAGUAUGGCUCGAAAUAAUGACAGGGAUGCGCACAUGUAUGAUAUGUGACGUUAUUUUCAUGAUAUCUGGUCUCCGGUCAGAGUAAAUAUCACAAGAACUCCUGGGGGAGACUUGAAAUCAUUAUAGAUAUGUGUUUUAAAUUUGUAAUUCAUACAAAACAUGUGCUAUAUUUGUAUGUAAUUUUUGUUCCACCAUAAUUUUGUAUAAAGAAACGUAUGACAAA